GCGUUCGCCGCCGCCGCCGCCGCCUUCUCCCUCCCCGAGGGGCGGCGCUCCGGGCGCCUGAGAGGUGGGGUCGGUAUAAAGAGGUUGAGGUCACGGAGAAGGGGGCGAAAGCGCGCCGGGGACUGGAGCUGGAGGCGAGCGACCUUUCCGCCUCCAGGUGCUUUUCCCCCGCCCCCCCACUCCCCACCCCAGCCCCGUUCCCGAGCUCUCGCUCCGUCGCCCUCCGGGUGUGGGCUCGCUGGCGCCCGGCCCGCGGGCUCGCGCGCCGCCCUCCGCCCGCCCGGCGCGAACAGCUGUUCUCCGGAGCUCGCCGCCUUCAACUUGGCCCGCUAGUCCGCACGCACCUAGACCCGCGGAGCCACCCGGACCUGUAGGCUGGGAGUGGGCGGAAGGUGGGGGGGGUUCGUCUUUUAACAAGGAAGAAAAAAGAAAAAAAGUGAAACAGCUGGCUGGCUCUCCGCGCCGGGAGUUGCGGAGUUUCGGGGGUCUGCCUUAGAACUUUCCGUGCCGAGCGGGGCCCCAGCCGCUCCGCCCCCGCGACGCCCGCGCCGGGCCGGGCUGGCUGCUCGCUGGAGGAGCGCGUGGGCAGCGGCGGCGGGAGCCGAGGUGCCUGCACUUGUCAGGUUAAGAAGCCCUAGAGAAGAAAACUUUCAGAAGUGCCUUAUUUGAUUGAAUAGAAUUAUCAGUGAACUGAGAAAAUUUGGACCACCUUUCCUAAGGAUAACCCGGAUAUACAGUAGCUUCACAGACUUAACUGAAGAUUUUUAUCAUUAGUCUCUGAACGUUGUUGCCUGAUACUUGAACCUAUUUGGAAUUUGUCUCAUGUGGAUCUAAGAGGAAUGCUUUAUUAUGGCUGCUGUUGUCCAACAGAACGAUCUGGUGUUUGAAUUUGCUAGUAACGUCAUGGAGGAUGAACAACAGCUUGGUGAUCCAGCUGUUUUUCCUGCUGUAAUUGUGGAACAUGUUCCUGGUGCUGAUAUUCUCAAUAGCUAUGCGGGCCUGGCCUGUGUGGAAGAACCCAAUGACAUGAUUACUGAGAGCUCCCUAGAUGUCGCUGAAGAAGAAAUCAUAGAUGACGAUGAUGACGAUAUUACCCUUACAGUUGAAGCUUCUUGUCAAAAUGGGGAUGAAACCAUUGAAACCAUCGAGGCUGCAGAAGCUCUCCUCAAUAUGGACUCCCCUGGCCCAAUGCUGGAUGAAAAACGGCUAAAUAAUAAUAUAUUUAGUUCAUCUGAAGAUGACAUUGUUGUUGCCCCCAUCACCCAUGUAUCCGUCACAUUAGAUGGUAUUCCUGAAGUCAUGGAAACGCAGCAGGUCCAAGAGAUGUACACGCACUCCCCUGGAGCCUCAUCACCGGAGCAGCCUAAGAGGAAGAAAGGGAGAAAAACUAAACCACCACGACCAGAUUCCCCAGCCUCGACCCCAAACAUAUCUGUGAAGAAGAAAAGCAAAGAUGGGAAAGGAAACACGAUUUAUCUGUGGGAGUUUUUAUUGGCACUGCUCCAAGACAAAGCUACUUGUCCUAAAUAUAUCAAAUGGACCCAGAGAGAAAAAGGCAUUUUUAAAUUGGUAGAUUCCAAAGCAGUAUCCAGGUUGUGGGGGAAGCAUAAAAACAAGCCUGAUAUGAAUUAUGAGACCAUGGGAAGAGCUCUCAGGUACUAUUAUCAAAGGGGUAUUCUGGCAAAAGUAGAAGGUCAGCGCUUGGUGUACCAGUUCAAGGAGAUGCCAAAAGAUCUCAUUUGCAUAGAUGAUGAGGAUCCUAGUUCCAGCAUAGAGUCUCCAGAUUCAUCACUGUCUGCCACAACCACUGCAAGUAGAAAUCAGCCAGGCCGAUCCAGAGUGUCUUCAAGUUCGGGAGUAAAAGGAGUCACUACAGUUCUAAAACCUGGGAAUUCAAAAGCUACAAAAUCCAAAGAUCCUGUGGAAGUUGCACAGACACCAGAAGUUCUGAGGACAGUGCAGCCCACACAGUCUCCUUAUCCUACCCAGCUGUUCCGAACUAUUCAUGUAGUGCAACCAGUACAGGCUGUCCCAGACGGAGAAGCAACCGGAACCAAUAACGUGCAGGACGAAACCUUAAAUUCUUCCGUUCAGAGUAUUAGGACCAUACAGGCUCCAGCCCAAGUCCCAGUGGUCGUAUCUCCUGGGAACCAGCAGUUACAUACAGUAACACUCCAGACAGUGCCAAUCACGACAGUUAUAGCCAGUACAGAUCCAUCUUCAGGUGCUGCGUCUCCAAAAUUUAUUUUACAAGCCAUUCCAUCAUCACAGCCCAUGACUGUACUGAAAGAAAAUGUCAUGAUACAGUCCCAGAAGCCUGGUUCUCCUUCUUCGAUUGUCCUUAGCCCUGCCCAGGUCCAGCAGGUUCUUACCAGCAAUGUUCAGUCCAUUUGCAAUGGAACUGUCAGUAUGACUUCAUCUCCGUCCUUCAAUGCCACUACCCCAGUGGUGACCUUUUCUCCUCGCAGCUCACAAGUCGUUGCUCACCCACCUGGCACUGUAAUCACUUCAGUUAUCAAAGCUCAAGAAACAAAAACUCUAGCACAGGAAGUUGAGAAAAAGGAGAUUGAAGAUAAUUUGAAAGAAGACCCUGAGAAAACAGAGCAACAGCCACAGCCUUAUGUGAUGGUGGUGUCCAAUUCCAAUGGAUUUACCUCUCAGGUAGCUGUGAAACAAAAUGAAUUGCUGGAACCGAACUCUUUUUAACUGACAUACCAAAGAAAUUGUCUGAUUUUUGUUUUUGUUUUUUAAGUCAUCUUCAGUUGUAUGCAAACUGUCUGAUUCUAAAUUCUGUGGUCUUCUAAUUUUGUAGUUAAUUGUAAGGAAUAAUUUAGAGUUAAUUUAGAUUUCGUGAGAUAAGGGGAAAACCCAAGUGUUUCUCUUUGUUUUCUAAAUCAUUUGUGAAGGAACAGGCAUUUUACACUAUGAAGAUAUUCUGUCAAGAUUUUUUUCCCCAGUUGCUAUAUCAUGAACUUUUUUUGUGGUGGGGAGGGGUUGGGUGGGACCUGGUGGGAGUUUGGGUAUCAGGGGCUGCUCUCCUGCUCCCCCCUUCCCUCUCAGUGCUUAGGGAUUGCUCCUGGCGGUGCUCAGGGGACCAUGUGGUGCUGGGGAUUGAAUCCAGGCCUCCUACAUGUAAAGCAUGUACUCUAGCCUGUUGAUCUUUCUCUCCAGCCCUCACAAACAUUUAAAAUAUUUUUUCUAAAAACUUACAUUACCUUUUUGGAUUCUUUUGUACAUAAAUAUAAAACAACUGAAAUUAAUAUAGGAACUGUUCUCAUUCCAAUUAAGUCUUGAUUCUUUCGAGUACAAGAUAUCUAUUAUGUACCUUGUUAAAAUUAUGGUUUCACUUAGAUUGACUUUAGUUAACUGCACUGUAUAUUAAAAUGAAUAUAUAAAAUGCAUCAUUAAAACUAAAACCUGCCCACAAAAUGGCUAAAACUGUUGUCAGAGGCAGGAUGGUGUAACAGCAUCAGAGAGGGGGUUUCCUAACUGUCAGGAACUCCUCUUGAUCUCUGGACAUCGGUUCUCUCAUGAAAGAGAUGCAUUGAAUUAGACUAGGUGGUGUCAAAUAUCUACAUCCUUUCUUCUUCUAAAUUGUAUUAUUCUAACACCUAUAUUUAUAUUCAUUAAGACAUUAUCAACUUAUUUUCUAAUGUAAAUAUAACUGAAAUAUUUCACAAAAAAUGUGACCUACAAAAUUUAUUCUUUCAUUAUCCCUAGAACCUGAAUUUUGUUCAGUAACUUUCUAGACCACUAUCCAGUGUGGUUCCUUAAUAAAUUGAAAUUGCUGAGGGCUAAAUGAUAUACUGCUAUUCUGAAAGAGCUAAGGCUGCUUUUACAGGCUCAGAAUUCAACCAAGCUUUGGGCUAAUCUGGCUGAGAAGUCAGCUACUGUAAGAAGCAUAAUUGCUUUGUAUUUUGGAUCAUUUUUUUAUUGGGGGUGGAGGGGGAAAUUGCAUAUAAAGAAUAUACAUAUAUAUCCAAGUUUCUGAAGUAAAGUUUUUAGAUUAGUUUUUCAACUGUAAAUAAUGUACAUUUAAUUUCACAGGGAAAAAUUGUUUUCUGCAAAUUUUCUAGUGUAGCAAAAAAUUUUUGUAGAUGGAAAAUUAUGUUUAGAGUCUAAUGUUGUAUGUUUUCAUAUACAGAGUGAAUUUGUAUUUAAACAAAAAUUUUAAUUUUGGAAUCCUAAACGUUUUGUAUCUUUAAUUGGUUUAUUAUUAAAUAAAUCAUGUAAAAAA